AUGAACAAUCAUGAAUCAAGGAAAUCUGUUGCAAAGCAAGAAACUAUAUUACAAAGCCAUAGCUCAUCAUUGAGGGUAUUGGAGAGCGAAGUCGGACAAAUUGCCACGUCAGUACAUUCUCACCCACAAGGGAGUUUCCCUAGUGACACUCAGGAAAAAGUUUCUUCAACACCUGUAGUGAAUGAAGUUAGACCUCCACCAUUUUUCCCUCAACGGUUGAAGAAGCAUAAUGACGAGAUACAAUUCAGAAAUUUUGUUGAUAUCCUUAAUCAGCAGCAUAUCAAUGUUCCAUUACUUGAAGCCAUUGAGCAGAUACCUUCCUAUGCCAAAUUUUUGAAGGACAUUAUCACAAAGAAGAGAAAUGUGAAAAGAAUAGAAAGUGUUGCCACUACAACAAAAUAUUGUUUAGCCAUGAGUAAUCUUCCACCGAAGAAAAAAGAUCCUGACAUCUUUGUUAUACCAUGUUCCAUCGGUGAUAGAUAUGUUGGAAGAGCUCUUUGUGACUUGGGGUCAAAAGUAAAUCUGAGGCCCAAGUCUAUAUUUUUUAAGCUUGGAAUGGGUAAUGCUCGACCAUCCACUGUGAUUUUACAACUAACUGACUGGUCACAAGUUUGUCCCGAGGGUAGAAUUGAAGAUGUGAUUGUUAAAGUUCACAAGUUUCUCUUUCCAGCUGAUUUCCUCAUUCCAUAUUGUGAAACCGAUCAAAAUGCACCUAUUAUUCUUGGACGGCCAUUAUUAGCUAUGGGGCGUAUUAUAAUAGAUUGUGAAAAAGGAGGGUUCACGAUGAGGGUGGUUGAUCAAAGUUCCAUGAUCAAAGUCUUCAACACUCUUAAAUACGUUGAUGAUUAUGAAGAAUGCCAUUACAUUGGAGACGUUGACUCAUUAGAGGAAGCUGGAACAUAA